GUUACGAGGACAUGCUAGAGAACUGGGUACUGCAUCUGGAGCGGGUGGGUCUGGGCCGGAACUUCAUAGUCUUUGCAGCUGACAGCAAGAGCCUCGAAUUCGCCCACUCCAAGUGGCCUGGCCAGGCCAUUCAUCUGGACCUGAGUGGGCAGUUUGGUCAAGAGGAGAGGGCGGACGUGGAGGGGGCAUCGGUCAUCGGGUCAGCAGCCUUCCACCGGGUGGCGUCCCACCGGGCCAUCUACAUCCACCAUCUGCUCUCCUUUGGCUUCUCCGUGCUCUACAGCGAUAUCGACAUCGCCUUCCUGCACAACCCCCUCCCCUUCUUCCAAAAAAACGACCCGAAUAACAUCGAGUAA